AUGAGAUAUGGCGGAGGUAGAAAGAGGCGAAUGCUGUUGCAACCAUUUCUCGUUUUGUGUGCGACGGUGACAGUUGUGGGAUUGUUGAUGCUGGCGCUGAGGCCGUUGGAUCCUCCAAUCACGGUCGAUUUUGCAAGAAACUUCGAGCUCGGAGAUUCGAACAGCUCGAGGUUCGAUGCCGGCGGCGCGGGCUUCGUCAGAGAGAAGCCCUGCGUGACGGUGGAGGAGAUGGGGAAGGAUUUCGAAAAUGGUGUUGUAGGGAAGGAAACGCUGAGAGUGAGGAGCAUGAUCGAGGAUCACUUCGUUUUGAACGGUGCUUCGAGAAUCAGGGAUUUGCCCCCGGAGCAGUUCUGUAGUCAUGGAUUUGUUCUGGGAAAGACUGCCGAGGCUGGUUUUGGGAAUGAAAUGUACAAGGUCUUAACUGCUGCAGCACUGAGUAUAAUGUUAAACCGGUCCUUGAUCAUUGGCCAAACCAGAGGCAAAUAUCCUUUUGGGGAUUACAUUUCUUAUUCCAACUUUACCUUUACAAUGAAUGAAAUAAAACAUUUGUGGAGACAAAAUGGUUGUGAAAGCAACUAUGGGAGGCAACUGGUUAUGAGGACUGAUGAUUUUGAAAAGCCAACUCAAACAAAUGUUCUAUGUAGCAAUUGGAUGGAAUGGAAGCAACCUAUUAUAUGGUUUCAAGGAACUACAGAUGCCAUGGCAGCACAAUUUUUCUUGAAAAAUAUACACACUGAGAUGAGGAUUGCUGCUUUUGAUUUAUUUGGAGAUCCUCAAGUCCCGGGAUCUCAGCCGAAUGUAUUUGGAGAGAUCAUGAGAGUUCUCGUAUCACCUUCAAAAGAUGUCGAGGCAGCUGUCAAUUGGGUUAUUGGUGGUGGGGAUAAUCCUGACAUCUCAUUGCAUAUGCGGAUGCUUAUGAAUAGGUCCAUUAGAGCAGUACAGGCUGCAUUACAUUGCAUCAAAAAAGCUAUACAGAGUCAGCGCCUAAUGUCAAAACCAAAGGUGGUUGUGGUGUCAGAUACACCUACUCUUGUUGAAAGUAUCAUGCCCAAUAUAAGCGAAUUUGCGCAGUUCAAAGGAAAUAUCUUCGAAGGUUUGCCCAAGAAAGAUUUUAGAGUGAAGGAUUGGGGUCCAGCACCGAGAUGGGUUGCUUUUGUGGAUUUUUUUCUCGCAUCUCGCGCUAAAUAUGCUGUUGUCUCUGGAGCUCAUCGUCGUGUUGGAACUACCUAUGCUCAGUUAAUCGCUGCACUGGCUGCAACACGCAAUCUGGGAGAGAACUCGACUGGUUCAAGUUUUUCAUUUUUGAGUAGUUUCCAAAGUAAUAUAUUGACUGAAGGUUUAAAGAAUCAAAUCGGUUGGGGCCAUGUGUGGAACAGAUAUGCUGGACCGUUGAGUUGUCAAAACCAGACCAAUCAAUGUGCUUUCACGCCACUUCUCCCUCCUGGUUGGUGGGACGGCCUAAUGCAGUCUCCUAUUCCAAAGGAUAUUAGUCGUCUUGCUGCCUAUGGCAUCAGACUGUCUACUCUUGGCACAGUUGAUUACGAUUCCCUUCAAAAUCACUGUAAUUCAAGGAAAAAUGUUGAGAGAACCAUCACAUUCAAUUUGUAG